GAGUCAGCUGAUUGUUACAGGGGGAGGAAGCAUCAUCUGAUACAGAGGAAGGAGCUGCAGUGUGUGUGCUGUGUUUUUGCAUCGUGUGUCAGUAAUUAUUGUCACAGCACUAAACUUUUCCUUCGCUCUGAGCACCAUGAUCCACAGCCUGUUCCUGAUAAAUCCUUCAGGAGAUAUUUUUCUGGAGAAGCACUGGAAAAGUGUAGUAUCCCGCUCUGUUUGUGACUAUUUUUUUGAGGCUCAAGAAAGGGCAUCAGAAGCGGAAAAUGUGCCUCCAAUCAUACCCACCCCCCAUCACUACCUUCUCAGCGUCUAUCGACAUGCUAUUUUUUUUGUAGCUGUCAUCCAGACAGAGGUGCCUCCACUCUUUGCCAUUGAGUUUCUUCAUCGUGUGGUCGACACAUUCCAGGAUUACUUUGGCUCAUGCUCUGAGGCAGUCAUCAAGGAAAAUGUGGUGGUUGUUUAUGAGGUUCUGGAAGAGAUGUUGGACAAUGGAUUCCCCCUUGCCACGGAGUCCAACAUUUUGAAGGAGCUUAUUAAACCUCCAACCAUCCUUCGUAGUGUUGUUAACACAAUCACAGGCAGUUCUAAUGUUGGUGACCAGCUCCCCACAGGUCAACUUUCUGUUGUACCAUGGAGACGUACAGGAGUGAAAUACACCAAUAAUGAAGCCUAUUUUGAUGUAAUAGAAGAAAUCGAUGCCAUCAUUGAUAAAUCAGGUUGCACUGUUACAGCUGAGAUUCAGGGAGUGAUUGAUGCCUGCGUUAAACUGAGUGGGAUGCCUGAUCUGACGCUAUCUUUUAUGAAUCCUCGAUUACUGGACGAUGUAAGCUUCCAUCCUUGUGUGCGUUUCAAGCGAUGGGAGUCAGAGAGAAUCCUCUCCUUCAUUCCCCCUGAUGGCAAUUUCCGACUGCUGUCCUACCAUGUCAGUGCCCAGAACUUGGUGGCAAUCCCUGUGUACGUGAAACAUGGAAUCAGUUUUCGAGAAGGUACAAGUUCUGGACGCUUUGAGGUGACACUUGGACCCAAACAAAGCAUGGGAAAAACAGUGGAAGGUGUGACCGUCACUGGGCAGAUGCCGAAGGGUGUCCUCAAUAUGACACUGACCCCUUCUCAGGGAACAUAUGUUUUCGAUCCAGUGACCAAGCUGUUGUCAUGGGAUGUGGGUAAGAUAAAUCCCCAGAAGUUGCCAAGUUUGAAGGGAACUAUGAUCCUCCAGGCUGGGUCUUCGAAGCCAGAUGAAAACCCUACACUCAAUUUGCACUUCAAGAUCCAGCAGUUGGCCAUCUCUGGCCUGAAGGUAAACCGACUGGACAUGUAUGGAGAAAAAUACAAACCCUUCAAAGGCAUCAAAUACAUGACCAAGGCUGGAAAAUUCCAAGUCAGGACAUAGGGCUAGAGUUCAGUCUGCCUUUUCCUACCUUGUGUUCUGUUAUUGUUAAUGCUCCUAUCUCAGUAUCUAUGUGUGCGUGUCGCUAUGUAUAAGAAUGCUAGUAUGCCAUAUGUGUGGAUGGUUUGAGUUGCACUGUGUGGCUCUACAGUAGAUCUUGGCAACUGCUAAACUUCUGUUGAGCAAUGAGGAUGUAUGGUGAUGGUUUGCACUGGCAUUCUAGUCUAGAGUAGCUCAAAAACUAGAUUAGUGUGCAUGUAGAGAAUGUGGUGUAGUCCUAUGUGUGCAGUAUGUUUUAAAAAAAAUAAAUAUUGUGCAUCUGAAGAGUGCAUUAUUGUAACGUGUUUAUAAUGCACUAUACAACUGUGACCAUUUUGGCAUAAAUAAUUACAGAACACAGUUCUGCUGUGGUUGUGUGACUACUAUGAAAGAUAUGUGAUGGCAGUAUGUGUAAGGGUUAUAUUUCUGAUUUGCAUUCACGAGUGAAGCAGGACCAAUACAGUGAAAGCCUCCAUGCUAUAGAAUGUUGGUAACAUUAAGACACCUGGAAAGAUCUAUAAUUUGUUUACAGGGCUUAUUUGUUGGGGAAAGGAAGAGAUAUACAACUGGCUAGUGGUCUGGAACCUUCUGAUUCAAGACCAUUAUAAGAAGAUUGUCCUCAUUUAUUAAACCAUGAUUGUACAAGUAACUUAAGUCUGAAGAUUUGAUUUGAAGAUUUCUUGUGCAUGUAAACACUACCCAUGACUGGUUUCUGUGUUGCAGGAUAAUCAUAUAUUCCAGAAAUAACCCUAUUAUAUGUGUACAAGAGAAUCUCUCCUGCACUACUUUCUUUAGACAAUGAGAUCAUUUUUCUGAUUCUGAAAUGUGCAGUGACCUCAGGUCCAGCAACGUGUAAACAAUCUUUCACUUGUGUCUAAUAAAAUGGACCUUGGUACAUAA